AGGCUGCUCAAGCUUGUGGCGAGUGAUGGGGCCGCAGGCGACUUUUUCGGAAUCUCGGUGGCCGUGAGCUCCGACGGGGCCCGCGUGGUGGUGGGGGCCUACGGUGACGACGACCAGGGCAGCAGUUCGGGCUCCGCGUACGUGCUCGACGGUACCACGGGCGAGAGGCUGCUCAAGCUUGUGGCGAGUGAUGGGGCCGAAAACGACUAUUUCGGAGUCUCGGUGGCCGUGAGCUCCGACGGGGCCCGCGUGGUGGUGGGGGCCUACGGUGACGACGACGUCGGCUCCCGUUCUGGCUCCGCGUACGUGCUCGACGGUACCACGGGCGAGAGGCUGCUCAAGCUUGUGGCGAGUGAUGGGGCCGCAUUCGACGGAUUCGGAAUCUCGGUGGCCGUGAGCUCCGACGGGGCCCGCGUGGUGGUGGGGGCCUACUAUGACGACGACGGCGGCUCCGCGUACGUGCUCGACGGGGCCACCGGCGAGAGGCUGCUCAAGCUUGUGGCGAGUUGA